AUGACUUCCUGUUGUGAUUUACCACCACUGGCACGUCAUCGGGCCUGUGGUCAUCGUGGCCUCGAGGGGUGUGGCCCCCGCUGCGGCAGGUAUCCCUUAUUUUUCUGUAUUGAAGGUGGCAACCCUACUCUGAUCUGUCAUGCGAGUGGCUUCCACCCUCCAGACAUCAGCAUCGAUCUACUGAAGAACGGGGUGGUGAUGCCUGAUGCCCGUCAGACAGAUCCGGCUUUCGAGCAGGACUGGCAGUUCCACCUGACCAAAAGUGUGGCAUUCACACCCCAGAGUGAUGAGUACGUCUGCGAGGUCACCCACAUGAUGAAGUCCAAGACAUACACCUGGAGUAAGUUCUCUCUGGAUGUGCUUGUGAGUGACUAAAUGGAAAUCUGAUAACAUUUGUAUUCAUUGAGAUGUCUUCUUCCACACAGACCCAGAUAUGUAGGUGUGUGACCUUCAUAAUUCCAGGUGUGUAUUUAAUCAUUACUUUAAUUAUUGAAACGUUUCAGCUGCAUGUCAAAUUGUUAAUGCUGUAUAAUGUUACACAUUUUAACCACAGUGUUAUGAGAAUAUAUUAUGCAGGAGGUGAAUUGAUUAUCUUUUUGUCUUUGUUCAUCUAAGGAUCCAUCUUGGCAGGGGGGGUUCUAGACUAUUUCAACUGGAGGUGCCAAGCUAGGGCCAGUUGUACUGCUAGAGGGGCCAGGUACAUUAAACAUUAUUGUUGUCAUGUAGUUUUCUUCACUGCAUUGCAGGCAUUAACAGGCAAAAUAUUUGAUUAUAUUAUAAUGACUCAGACUCUACAUUUAGGGGGGACACGAUGGGGUCCAAGCUUGCUUUCACAGGGUACUGCCCCUGCAUUUUGGACAACCUGUGCUCUGUCUGUCAUCUU